ACUGCAGGAAGUGUCACUAUGGAAACCAAACCGCAGCUAGAACUGGGGUUUUCAGAGGAGUCUCCCUCCCUACAGGAAACACCCCCCCCCAGCGAGGCCAGCCCCCCACCCUAGGGCCGCGUGCCCCAGGGCCCGGCUCUGAACCCCAGCACCGCCGCUCCCCCAGCAGACGGGGCCUGGGCGCUCAGAGGUGGCAGCUGGCCCUGGCCGAGGCCCCUGCACUCAAGGAAAGGAGAACCACAAACGCAGGACAAAGCCGCGGAGCUCACGGGAACAGCCUGCUGAUGGGCACGGGGGCUAUUCAAGUGAUGAGAACCUGGAGAGACCAGAUCCCUCUAAGAGGACCAGGUGUGACCUCGCUUACCAGCCAGGACCCCGGACGAUGGCCUGGAGAUUGGGUGCCCUAGCAACAGGUGACCGGGAGGCUCAGCCCAGCUUGGACAUCAGCCAGUUCAAGGCUGGUGGGGAAGGCGAAGGGACGGGUGUCAGGACGCAGCCGCGGGCCGGGACCUGGCCCCGAGCCCAGAGGAGCUCCCAGCGCCCUGCACCCUACGGAGGAUGUAGAGUCUCCCAGACCAUGGGUGAAGUACAGAAGGGGUUGCUCGCUGUCAUCCAAAAGCUCAAGGGCUCCGUGGAGCAGGAACUGCGGAUCGUCCUGCUGGGGCUGGACAAUGCCGGAAAAACCACGCUGCUGAAGUGCCUGGCAUCGGAGGAGGUCAGCACCAUCACCCCCACGCAGGGGUUCAACAUAAAAAGUGUGCACUCACACGGCUUCAAGCUGAAUGUCUGGGACAUCGGUGGGCAGCGUGCCAUCCGCCCCUACUGGAAGAAGUACCUGGGCAACACAGACACGCUGAUUUAUGUCAUUGACAGCGCUGACAAGAAACGCUUUGAGGAGACCGGGCAGGAGCUGGCGGAGCUGAUCGAGGAUGAGAGUCUCACCGGUGUCCCUUUGCUGGUGUUUGCCAACAAGCAGGAUCUGGCAAGUGCAGCACCAGCUGCAGAGAUCGCAGAGGGACUGAAGCUACCUACGUACCGGGACCGCCAAUGGCAAAUCCAGGCCUGCUCAGCCCUGUCUGGAGAAGGAGUCCAGGAUGGGAUGAACUGGAUUUGCAGCCAGAUCACAAGCCGGAAGAAGUGACUGAAUGGAGCUGCAGUUCGCACAGCCAGCUCACCCGCUCCCAGAGAUUCCCAGCAGUAGGCCCUCCCUGGACCCCCGGGCACAGGCUGCUGAGCUCAAAGGGCCUUUGUCGGCCAAGCUCUCCUUGCUCAUCAGCUUCUCUGGAAUUCCUCACCCUCAUGGGUUUCAUUUGGUCACUGGUGUAUCUGCAGUUCCUGAAUUGUGGAGGGAGGGCAGCAUCAAGGGCUCCAGUGGAGCCAGGAGCAAGCCUCUAGACCAGCCUUUUUCAAAAUUCGGGUCGCGACCCAGUACUGGGUUGCUCUGGUCAGCACUGCCGACUGCUUCGUUAAAAGUCCUGUCGGCGGUGCUGCCCAGCCAAGGCACACUAGUGCCUACCUGUUCCGACACCACACU